UUGGGAAAGAUGAAUUACAGCGGAUCAAUCCAGUACUUGGAACAUGUUGUUGUCCGAAUAUCUGUUGAGGCAUUAGGGGGUAUCGGAAGGGGAGAUAUACAUAUUGAACUCAUAUCACCAUCUGCGACAUUAUCUGUUCUCCUUAAGCGACGGCUAUUGGAUCGUGCCGAAAUAAAUGGGGGUCAAACAGCAUAUGUAGACUGGCCCUUUAUGUCAGUUAUGUUCUGGGGAGAAGAUCCCGCUGGACAGUGGACCCUCAGCAUAAUGAGUGUAAACCCUUACAUUGAUGGUGUUGUCAAUGUGGCAUCGAAUUGUCUGUUUGACAAUGGAGGUUGUGAGCAGAUCUGCAUAGAUACCUAUCUCUCAAAUGAGUGUGACUGUGAGGUCGGAUAUGUUUUGGAUUAUAAUGGAACGUCAUGCUCACCGGAACCAGUUGAGCUAGCGUUCACAGGGGACACUCCAAUGGUGACAGGUCACAACGUUUCAGUGCAGAUAUAUGCGUCACCACCGAGGCACUUGCGGUGUCAACUAAUCAGUCGUGAUGCUCCGGGAAUGCCAAUCCGCACAGCAGAGGAAAUCUGUUCGAGUGGUGAGGUUGUGUUCCAGAAUGUACCAGUUGGUGAACACCGAGUGAGGGUCAUAGCUGGAAACGGAGAUGCAGUCAUCCGCAGUCAUUUGAUCCUAAUGCCUCACAGCCCGUUCUUCUGCUCACUGAAUGCAAUCAACCGAGGGAUCACCAAGGAUUACUAUAAUGGCACAGCCUACUAUACAAUUGAGUGGAGAGCAAUUGGUGAUGAUGUCGGAUUUCUAUGCGAUUUUGGCAUCCCUGAAUAUGCAGCAAAAUGCAGCAGUCCAUACACUUUCCCAGCAACGGACGGAGUGACGAGGGUGAAGGUGCUCCCAGAUCCUGAAAAGUGUCGAGGGAUGCGCAGCCCCUAUGUGUUCAAACUGGACUGAUGUAGUAGUAGCUAACACAGAAACUUAAUAAAGACUAAAUUUAGUAUUUAGUUAAAUUGCUGAACAAAUGAAGAGCUCUGUGUGACAGUUU